GGGAUGGGGGGAGCUUAUCUCCAUCCUUACUGGGAGACGAGAAGGUCUUUAGGCGGAAAGGGACCGCCCGGCCAUCCGACCGACGCGAGACCGCAACGGCCAGAGGUUCCUGGCAGGUGCGCCAUCGGCUCGAGCCUCUCUCUGCCCUUCUGCGCUUCCGCAGGUAUUGGCGAUACUUCCCUGCAUCGGCCUGUCGGCAUCGGCGGGUGUCGGGGGAAACAGUUGCGGGGCUGCUUGGGGGAUUUGGCGUGAGGCGCUGGCGUGGUUAGCGUCCUGCUCCCUUCUUUCUGCCGCCGGAGCCGGAGUUGGCUGCUGCCGGCAGCUCCUCCAACUGAGAAAGGCCUCGGCGGCGGGGAGUGGGGGGCGAGUUGGCUUUCUCCUCGCCUCCGUUCACUCUCCGGGACCUUUCCGUGGAGAGGGAACGUCUCCCUCCGGUCCCAAUCCCACGGGUUCUUUCCCCUGCAAAGGGCCGAGCAGAAGAUUUGGCCAGGAAAGGAUGGCUGGCUGGAGCGGUGUCUGGUCCGGGGGUCUCCUCGGUCCCGAGCUCCGCCCUGCAGGUUUUCCCAAGGAAGGGUGACAGCUGCGCUCCCCCUUGGUGCCUUUUCUGUUUCUAGGGCUCAUCACCUCACCAGCAGGAACGAGGCCGUUGGAGGCCCGUGUGUGUGUGUGUGUGUGUGUGUGUGUGUGUGUGUGUGUGUGUGUGAUUUUGUCAGGCGAGCUUUGUGGGCCAGUUCACGGGCCAGGGAACCGAACCUGGACUGAGGGAGGGUGCCAAGCGGGGCUUCUGCUGAAAUCUACGGGAAGCAGGAAGGACCAGCUAGACAGAGAUGACCAAAUGACUCGCAGGGAUCAUGGAACCACCUUCUCUUGCUGGGCUUAUGCCCAUCCCCAGUUCUUCUUCUCCCUGUCCACCCUCAUUCUCCAUCCCACCCAAGGGAGCAUAUGCGCCCUGCACCGUACUGGAGGCUGGCUGGGCUGCUCGGGGAGGGCUGGGGGAUUGCCAUCCGUGGCCCUUCCUGGGGCAUUUAUGGAAGUCUGUGUCCCUGCAGCCGCAGCUGCCUGUGCGAGACAUGAAAUUGGAAAGUGCAGCCGACUCGCAGUUGGAGUUCGCCAUUGCCACAGAAAGAGAUUUUGAGGAGAUCCUGGCCAUCUCCAAGGGGAUCUAUGGAGGCCUCGACUACCUCCCAAGCCGCUACCAUGCCUGGAUCCAUGAGCCGAAUCGCACCGUUGUGCUGGCCAAGAAGAACGGCGUGGUGAUAGGGCUCCAGUCUGUCUACAUCAUUGAUGCGGGUGAGACCGCCCUAGUGGAGGGACUGCGCGUGGCACCCUGGGAGCGUGGCAAAGGUGUGGCUGGGGUCUUGCAGCGAUUCUGCUCUGCCAUGGUGAAGGAGAAGCAUCCAGAAGUCAAAGUGUCACGCCUGACCCGGGAUGACAAGCUGGGCCCCAAAGACUUGAGGAAGUAUCGCAUCAUUGCAAAACAGGGGAUCCUUCUGGUGCGCUUCCAGGCCCAGGAGGUGCUCUCCCGCUUGGACGCUGCGAUGCUGGCUCAUGGGGGCUUCAGCCCCGAGCCUUCGGAGCUGCUCCUGGAGAACGAGGUGCCGGAGGUCGUUCUGAAGGAGGCUUUUCGGAGCGAAGUCCUGCCAAACCAGACCAUCAUCCAGGACUGGCAGCCCUUCAAGGCCACCCGGAGCAACCUUGGCCUCCUGCAGAAAAAGAGCCUCCGCUGGGUGGUCGACCAGAAGGCCCACCCGACUGUGGCCACCCUGAGCACCCAGCCCUUCUCCAUCCCUCUGGGCAAAGACUGGCACUACCUGAACAUCGAUGCCUUUGGCCGCAAUGGGGCCCACCUCAAGAGCCAGCUGAUCCACCACCUGCGCCUCCAGGUGCCCACCGUGCGGGGCGGCGUCAUGUGCCAGCUGUUCCUGGAGCCCCAGCUGUGGCUGGAGAUGGCCGCCUUCUGCCAGGAGACCCUGGGCCUGGAGCUGGCAAAGGACUACACUGAGCAGUACCUGCUGGAGGCCGACAUCUGAAGGGCAGAGCCCCCCCUCCCUUCCCAAGGCCACUUUGUCCACCACAGGUCUCCCCUGCCUUUCCGACAAGCCCAAUCUGUCCUCUCAGGUGAGCCACACAGGCCAUCCCGGCAGAGGAGAGGCAGCCCCAGGAAGGGGACUCCCCCCCCCAUUGGCUCUGGUGCAAGGGCCUGUAGCCACAGCCCUUCCCUAGGGAGCAGCCCGUGGGAAGGGGAGGACGGGUGGCCUCUCCAGAGGGCUGGGACCCAAAUUGUGUGCUGGGCACUAAAGCCCCAUCAGCCUAGAUGUUCUCUCUCUCUCUCUUUCUCUCUCUCUCUUCAUCUCUCCCUCCCUCCCUCUCUCUGCUCAGUGCUGUGGAGAGGCUUCCCACCUGACUACCCUGGCUGUUGGCCAUAUCCUAUUCAUAUUUAUUACAUUUAUACCCCACCACUGCCCCACAGGACCCUUGGCAUCUUGACAGGAGUUCAAACACGGUGAAAAUAUUAGUCCAGUUAAAACCGUUCGACACCCGAGUGUACCUCUGUCCUCCACACUCCAGGAGGCGCUGAAGCCAGAGCUCCCAAUCCAGUGGGAGGCCAUUCUGCAGGGCCAGUGCGGAAAAGCAGUGACUUUGCUCCCCACCCACACACACCCACACACAUACACUCCGUGCUCCUCCAAGUGUGGAAGACAGCUGCUCUUCCAGCGAGACUGAACAGAAGGGCUGGUUCUAGGGGAUGAAGGCACUUCAGAAGGCAUCUGAAAGGGCUGAGCCCCCAGAGCUGCCCCUGGGAGCCAAGGCCAUGGGUGUUAAGGUGGCCCCAUCAGUCAGCGCUAGAUAAUCGGCAGCCCUUGUGGGGCCAGCUGAGGUUCCUGCCCUACACUUAAUGGCAGACCCUUCAACAGUGCUGGGAGCCCUCAUGCCAAGAGUACCUGUGGCUAACCCUCUUGCCCCACAGGGGCCCACAGCUGGGCAUUGGUCAAGCUUUUCACCUAUGGUUCACAGUAGGAGGACUUCGGUCGUGGGUUCUCCAUCAAGAGCUGCUCCUGGGGGCCCCCAGGCAUCCCGAUGGACAAACCGCAGCUCCUCCUUGCUCCAGUUCUCUCCCAACCAGACUCUGGAAUGGGCCCCACCAGUGCAGGCUGAGGCAGAGCUGGGGAUACCCUCAGCACACUGAUGGUGUUGAACCCCAAGUUACCCUAAUACUCCCUCACUCAGUGGCUUCAUACAGAGGUCAAACGGGUUUUAAGUUACCCCCCCCCUCCUGUCACCCUGAUGGGACCAGCCUUUGAGUGAGGCGCCUCCAAUCCUGACCAGGUCCCUAAUGAUGCCAUAUGGAUGGCACUGGAAGCCAUCCUGAGAGGCCUGAAAGGAGCCAGACUGGGGCACUCUUCCCAGAUUCCAAGAAGGGAUCUUACCUAGCAGUACAAACAAAGCUGUUUUCAUCCCACGUCCAGGUCUGAAUCCUGACAAGGUUCCAGACCUUCCGCUUCGUCUGAAGACGGUGGUUUGCCACCAAAUCAACAACCUAGUAAGAAAGAGCAGCCGAGCGGCAGCUGCUCAGCACCAGUGGAUGCAGGGAGAUGGAGGAGCUCCCCCACAGGCUCCUUCAGGAUCACCAGAAAUGGCUCUUCUGCCAGGAGACAUGGACCGCCUCCCAGACGGAGGGAAGGAAGCCACAAGGGCCCCAGCUGCAAGGCAGAGAGGGCCUCCGAGAGAGUGCCCUGUCCCCUUCCUGAGAGGGAACCAGCCAGAAGAAUCCCUGAUUGUUGGCAAGUCAAGUGGAGUUAAGACAUGGGUGAAAGUGAGUGACAUUGCUGGCCCAGCAUUGUGUCACAGUGCCAACAAGAAGCCCUUGCAAUAGAAUUAGCCACCCUAAGAAAGGCCACUGGAGUGGACAGCAGCCCACAGAGGCAAUGGAUGAGGAGGAAAAGUGCUUGGCUUCUCUUACCGCCACCCAGCAGGGCUGAAACUGGGCACACACCUGGCUCAGUCCAUUCCUCUCUUGCCCUUCUGUUCUAGGAGUGGCAUCUGCGCCUUCUUUUCCGGAGACCCUGCAGAGACCAAGGAGAUGCCCAGGGUUGACCAGGGGCCAUUCAGGAUCAGUUAUGCCAAGGGCCCAAGGCUUUGCUUGUGGCCAGUGGUGGACAAGGCCCUUGAUGGUCUUCCCUGCCAGGUGAUUGAAAAAGUCCUAUGCGCCCCUCAGAGGCCAUCCUGAGCCAUCUGGGGCUCACCACCCGAAUGGUGAAACCGUGCAGAGGUGGAUAGCCUCAGGGAAUAGUCUGGCCUUGAGAAAGGGGCGAUGGACCCCCUCCUUGUCCAGAUCACUAUUGCUCCAAAAUGAAAGGGGGUGAUGGGUGUCAGGACUGAGAUUACCUGAGAGAAGCCAUGAACUCCUGGGCUCUAGUAGAUCCAAACCAACCUGUCCCCAAAACCAAAGGCCGGGGCCUCAACUGCCAGGUUCGUCCCUAGGUACAGGGGACUAGGAAGGCAUCCAGGUGGUACCAUGGCCCAAUCUAACACAAAGUCACACACACACACGCCAUCCCUUUGAUCUGGGUUACAUACAAGGCCCAGAUACAUCAGCCUUACCUCUAUCUUCAGCCUUGAAAGGACAGCAUCCCCACCUUUGGAGCACGCCCCAAGGCCAGCUGUUUGUCCACCACAGUGGGCAGCAGAGCAGCAAUCUGGGUCCAAGGCUACAUCCAGGUUGAGGGUGCAACCCCAAGGGACACAGCUGCUUCUGCUGCCCCCCAAGGGACACAGCUGCUUCUGCUGCCCUCCCUGGCAACAGCCACAUGGCUGCGGUGAGGGAGCCUGGCAACGGGGCUGACGUAGUCGGUGCUCCUGGCAACAGUCAAUGUGGCCAUAUGAGGAGGGAGGGAGGGAGGGAGAGAGGGGGGGGUAGCACAAGGUCGCCACGUCCUAUUGCUGGGCCUCCUGCCCAGUUUUCUCAAGCCUCACGUUCAAAGUGAGCCUUGUGCAGCAUUAGGAGAAGCCUCUAAAUGCAAAUUCUUUCGCUCCCACCUGGGCUUUGCCGCUCCCUGCCUCAGCCGCCCACCCCCAGCAGCCUUCUUCCUAUCCUCGCCCCUUAUUUUGAUCCCUGGGGAUGUGGAGGGGGCAUUGGCACGCCCCUCUCUCAUAACUGACCAGCCCCCCUGUUCAUUCUUUGGAGAGCAAGCCAGAGGCCAUUUAGAAGGGAGGGGGGAAGCUGUCUGCGAAUUCAGUUUCCCUUCAAGCACAGCUGCAGCCUCUCUGUCUAAUUCUCUGGGGUGACAUAUUCGGGGCCUGUCCCAUAGGGCCAGUUCUCUUCCAGAGAUGGGGUGGGGCAGCCAGGUUGCAGAGCUAGAAGUUCGACUGGGGACAAAAAGGAAGCAGACUCGGGGUGCCUGUGAACUAGAUUUGCAGACCUUUUGGGGCCUGCUUGUCCUUUGGCUUUCCUUAGGACAGAAAAUGGGACAAAAGGGGGGAUGUCCUACAGUGGCCGGAAGCUCCACCCCCAAAUGCCUCAUCAGCAUGAAAGGGUUGUGGCCUCUUUGAUAAACAGCCAGUAACUUUUGAGGGAUUGUGCAGAAAAGGCAUAAGAAACACCUGAACAAAUUAAAGGCAUAAGAAAAAAGGGAAAUAUAGCUCAGUCUAGUUGAGAUGGUUCUUUCCUCAAGGACCCUGCUGGUUUCUGCCAGAUCCACAUUCCAAUUUGUAAUUUCUGUCCUGUUCUUGAAACUUCCUUUUGAGGCGCUUCCCCGCCUGCUGCAGCUUCCCUCUUCUUCUUCUCUGGCUGGUUGCUUUGGGAUCCUCUCGGCUUCCUUUCGAUCUCACAGGAGGGAUUCCCUACCCUACCCUACCCACCCUGCUUCUCCUGAUGCACCAUAACAAUAGUGGGCAGAAGCAAGCUUUUAAAUUUAUAUAAAUUUAAAAUAAUAAUAAUAAUAAUAAUAAUAAUUAUACACCAGGAUUUACAUUUAUUUAUUAGUAGCCUGCCUAUAUUAUUUUUUAUAAAUAGCCCAGAGUAGAAAACAAACAUAGUACUCCUUCCUCCUCCUUUUUCCCCACAGCAACAACGACCCUGUGAAGUGGAUUGGAUUGAAAGAAAGGGACUGCUACCCUUAAAUUUUUUUCCCUUUGACAUCUUUAGUGAGCAUUCUGCCAAAGUCAACUAGUACUCUUUGUGCUAGUUUUUCAUUUAUGUAUGAUUCACAAUUAUUUAUUCAGUUUGAAUACAACUGCCUUGGUCUUUGAUAGACUGACAUCCCCCUCACAUUUUUCAAUGUAACCAGCAUGGCAGAUCAUUCAGGUUCUCUGCCCACAACACAUUAACAUCUGGAGCAGAACAUCUGCCUCAGAAUUAAGGGAUGUCCUUUCUGGGGGAGUUUCAAGGGAGGCUGGGGUGGCCUCUGUUCCUGCCUGGCAAGGAACUGGGCUGGGUGACCCACAGUCCACCGGUUCCAAUCUGCCCUUCUGUGGCUCCACGCCCUGCAUACAAUGCUUCCGGCACACCUGCAUCCCCAAUUGACGUACCCCAAACCUCUCCACAGCGACUCCUUCUACAGAGAUCACAAAUGUAUGAUGUUAAGAAGAAAAAUAAUCUCUCCUUGGCUUUAAUUGUCUGCCCGUUCUCAAAACAUUCGCUUAGUGAACUGCUUAUUCUCAGACAUGCUCCAUCAGUUCCAAAAAUGCUGUUUCCUUUGCGUUCACUGUUGUUACCUUUUGCUUUUGGUAAAAGAACAAGAAAUGUCCUGUACAAUCAUGCAGCCAUAAGCAACCCACCUCCUGAUUUUAACAUUUAUUUCUCCAGUUACACCACAGGCUUAACCAUUCUCAAUAUUCUCACAGUAUUUAGGUUUUCGUUUUCAUUAUUCCUUUUCUGGAAGCUAACAUUAAUAAUAUUAAAAAUACUGAAUGCCA